CUUCACAAAUAUGUUUCGAUUGUCGACUCCAUUGCAAAAAGCCACUUAGAAACUCAAUGGAAUUUUCAGAAAGAAGUUAAUGUUUUAUCACUUGUGAGGCAAUUCGAUUUCACUGCAGCAUGUCGACUGUUUUUGAGCAUUAAUGAUCCACAUCAAAUCGAAGAUUGUGCCAAGCCAUUUGAAGUCAUGGCUGCUGGAAUUUUUACCCUUCCUAUAAAUCUACCGGGAAGCUCAUAUAAUCGUGGUAUUAAAGCUGCGAAUUCAGUAAGACAGAAGCUGUUAGGAAUUAUAAAGCAAAGGAAGGGUGAGGUGAUGGAUAAACAACUAGUACAUGACGAGGAUCUUUUAUCACUAUUCUUAACCAAGCCAGAUGAGAAUGGAAAAUUCAUGAGUGAACCGGAAAUUGCUGAUCACUUGCUUGCUGCACUUCUUGCCAGCCAGGAUUCCACCACUGCAUCCAUCACUUUUACAAUGAAAUAUCUUGCUGAAUUUCCUGAUAUCUAUGAUGAAGUCCUCAAAGAACAAAGAAGCAUUGCGCAAGAGAAAAUCCCCGGGGAGCCACUGAAUUGGAAAGACUUACAGAAGAUGAGGUAUGCCUGGAAUGUGGUCAGCGAAGUACUAAGACUCGUCCCUCCUGUUCAAGGGAACUUCCGGGAGGUCUUAACGGACUUCACAUAUUCUACUUUCUUCAUUCCCAAAGGAUGGAAGAUAUAUUGGACUCCCAAUUCAACACACAAGAAUCCACAGUAUUUCUCUGAUCCUGAAAAGUUUGAUCCAUCAAGAUUUGAAGGAUCAGGACCUAUGCCUCACACAUUCGUUCCUUUUGGCGGAGGAUCUCGGAUAUGCCCGGGUAAAGACUUUGCUAGAGUGGUUAUACUUGUUUUCAUGUACAACGUGAUAGGGAAGUUCAGAUGGGAAAAGCUCCUUCCUGUUGAGAAAACCGUGGUCCUCCCUAUUCCUCUGCCCGCCAAGGGACUCCCUGUUGUCCUCCAUCCUCAUUGAACAUGAACCGCAAUAUUUAUGGCAAUAGCCAUUGGCCCAUUGAUGUACUGCACAAUUUUUAUACAGGAGUUGACACAAAACAUCACUUCUA